AUGGAGCUCGAGGCGCGCGCAGCCAGCGGCAGCGCGCCCUCCGCGACGUCGUCGACGCUUGCGGCAGGCUCUCCGCACUGCGGCGGCGGCGCGGUCGCAGGUGGCGCCUGCAGCAGGUCUCGGGAGGUGCCGCAGUGGGUUGUGGCUGCCGCGGAGCUGCGCUCGGAGAUGGUGGAGAGGUGGAGCGACGCCCAGCAUGCGCCGGCGCACCAGCUGGACCACGGUGACAGCGUGGUCGGUGUCGACGUGCUCAAGUGGACCAGGUCCAGGAGUGCCCUGGCGCCGGUGGAGGCCUCCAACUCCAAGGGGGCGAUGGAAGAGCCCAACCUCGUGCUGAGGCUCUAG